AUGCCAAAAACUAAGUCUAAUUUGGGUUCAUCCAUAACUCGAUGGGUUGAGCCUUAAAAUCGCGACAAAACUGUGUUUACCACUAGUGGAUUAGUAGUUUAUUGUCAAGUUUGUGAUCGUCAGGUGCGUUGUAACAAAAAAUUUCAAAUAACGCAACAUGUAACUACCGAGUUUCAUUUGAAAUGUUUGAAAAAAAGUUCUAACAACAGUAAACAAAUGUUGUUGGGAGAUGAAACCAAACCAAAAACAUCAAGUUUUAAUGAAGAUCUGUGUUUGAGCCUCGUAGCUGCAAAUAUACCUUGGUUUAAACUACAAAAUCCAGUCUUCCGCGAUUUUUUACAAAAUUAUACAAAAAAACACAUUCCUGAUGAAAGCACUCUACGUAAGUCUUUCUUACAUCCAUGUUAUGUAAAAACAAUUGNUUUUAGUUGGUGUGUUAAAUGAACAAAAUGCUAGCAAACCAUUUUUAAUUUCAUGUAAAAAAUUAGAUAAAAUUAAUCAUUCGACGAUUUCUCGCUUUGUAAAUGACAGCCUAAGAAUAUUGUGGUCUCGUGGUGGGAAUGAUGAAAAAGUAUUAAUUUUAUGUUCCGAUGCAGCGCCAUAUAUAAUCAAAGCUGGUAAAACACUAAACGUAUUUUUUCCUAAUAUGAUACACAUUUCACUUGCUCACAUGAUCCAACGUCUAGCAGAAAAAGUUAGAGAAAUGUACCUCAAUGUAAAUACUUUGGUAAGUAAUUUAAAAAAAGUAUUUCUUAAAGCACCUCAGAGAGUAAAUGUAUACAAAGAAAUAAUGCCCAGUGUGCCCUUGCCGCCAGUACCAGUACUAACCAGAUGGGGGACAUGGGUUGAAACAGCUAAUUUUUGUGCAGAUCAUUUUGAUAAUCUUAAAAUAAUUUUACAAAAACUAGAAGAUAAAAAUGUUGUUAGUAUACAAAAAUGUAUUAAUAUGCUAAGUCUGGAAUCUGUUAAAAGUGACCUUACAUUUAUUCAAUCUCAUUUUUUUAUACUAGUAAAAAGUAUAAAAAAUUUGGAACAUUCUAGUUUAACUUUGUCUGAUUCUUCUCAAAUUGUAAAUAAUGUUAUUUUGGCGAUGGAAAAAGUACCAGGACAAAAAGGAAAAAUAAUUCAAGAAAAAUUGUUUUAUUUAAUUGAAAAAAAUGUUGGAUUCCAAACCGCGAAGCAGAUAACAACAAUUUUGCCAGGGAAAGAAAACAGCCACCAAACUUAA